AUGUCCACCUUUGACUUUGUCAUUGUCGGAAGUGGCCCGUCAGGCAGCGCUCUUGCUGCUGGCCUCGCCAACUCCGCCGCAAAGCCCCGUGUCCUUCUUCUAGAAGCAGGUGAUCAUAAUGAGGAUCGCGACCUUCGCGUGGAUGGCCAACGAUGGAUCACGUUCCAGAACCAGGCCAUGAACUGGGGUUACAAAACAACCCCACAAAGCGAUUGCAACGACCGCGAGAUCGACUAUAGCCGUGGCAGGUGUAUUGGCGGGUCAAGUGCUAUCAACUUCGGUGUAUACAGCGUCGGCGCACGCGACGACUACCAGGAGUGGGCACGAAUCACGGGCGACGAUUCUUAUGCGUGGAACAAUAUCCAGCGGAGGUUCAAAGAGCUUGAGACAUUCCAUGGGAAAAUCCCCGAUGGUGUUUCAAAGAAGUAUGCGGAUCCAAGGAUGGAGGACCAUGGAAGCAAAGGUCCAUUACAUGUGGGCUUUGCGGGGGAAUGGGAGAAGGAUUUGACAGAGCUUUUGGAUGUCUUCGAGCAGGCUGGGUUUCCGUUGAAUCCUGACCACAAUUCGGGCAAUCCAAUUGGGAUGUCGGUUUUGAUUAAUUCGGCCCACAAUGGACUGCGGUCGACUGCGGGGGAUCUGGUGAAGGAUAAGCUUGAUAACCUGACAAUCAUCACCGGAGAACCUGUGCAGCGUGUACUCCUGGAAGGGACCAAAGCAAUUGGCGUGGAGUCCAAGGGGAGAAAAUACUUUGCUACGAAGGAAGUUAUUCUAAGCGCUGGCUCGUUGAAUGACCCUCGUAUUCUCAUGCACUCUGGCAUUGGCCCCGCCGCUCAAUUGGAUCAGCACAAUAUUCCCGUUGUUCUUGAUGUCCCCGCAGUUGGUCAAGGUCUUCGUGAUCACUGCUUUGUACCCAUAGUCAACACCCGCUCGGAAACGAGCACUGCUCGCAAGGCGUUCUACGGCGAUAAAGCCGCCAUGGACGCUGCACUUAAGCAGUGGCAAGAGGAUGGGACGGGGCCCUGGGCGAAGUUUGCCUGUGAAUUGGGUAUUGGUUGGUUCAAGCUCGCAGAUCAGCUUGUCUCUUCAGCUGAAUUCAAGGCUCUUCCCCCCGAUGAACAGAAAUACUUGCUCCAAGAAACGGUACCGCACUAUGAAAUCAUCACACAUUUCCCUGUCCACUGGUUCAUCCCAGAUUUCCCCUCCGAGGCACUGAACUACUCCUGUCUUCUCAUCUUCCUCUUCAAUGCCCAGACUCGCGGCGAAGUCACUCUGCAAUCAUCCGACCCAGAUGCUCCGCUCUCGUUCAACCCCAAGUUCCUUGCUCAUCCAUUCGAUCGUCGCCUUGCAAUCGAGGCCCUGCGGGACUCGUUCCGUAUCAUUAAACACGAGUCAUACACCAAGGACAACGUGACAGAUAUGGCAAUGCCAAAGAGCGAGUCGGACGAAGAUCUGCUAGAGUACUGGCGGCAAAACAUCUCUUCUAGCUGGCAUAUGACGGGUACCGUGAAGAUGGGUAAGAGUGGAGAUGUGGAUGCAGUCGUUGAUCCAGAUUUCAAGGUUACGGGCAUUGAGAAUUUACGUGUGGCUGAUAUGGGUGUGGUGCCGGUGUUGGUGAAUGCGCACGUCCAAGCCGUUGCGUAUGUCACCGGUGCGACAUGUGCAGAGAAAUUGAUCCGGGAGUAUGACCUGGCAUAGAUUUGAGAUUUAAGAGAGAAGACACCCGGUACCUGUUCGCAAUAAAAUGUUUAAUCACGGGAACUGCCCCUCGAGGAAGGCGAGAGUUUUG